AUGUGGUGCACCAGUGUAGUGGUUCUACUGUCGUUCCAGCUGAGUGUGGCCAUCCUUCCUCAGGGCCUCCUAAACGAUCUGGCUGGCUUGGUGGCGGGUGUGGGUGAUCUGGAGUACGACAGUGGUCCCAAUUUGCGUGACGUGUACGAUUACGUGAUCGUCGGGGCUGGUCCGGCGGGCUGCGUACUGGCGAACCGCCUUUCGGAGGAUCCGUCCGUGACGGUGCUGCUGCUGGAGAUUGGGCGCGGCGAGCGACCAGCGUUUGCCGAGCCCCCGCUCCUGGGACCAAUGCUGGCCGCGACGGACUACAAUUUCGGGUACACAACCGAACCACAGCGGUACGGCUGCCAGGGACUGACGGGGCGCCGGUGUAACUGGGCGCACGGCCGCGGAGUCGGCGGUUCGUCGAUCAUCAACAACGUGAUCUACACGCGCGGUAACCGGCGUGACUUUGACAACUGGGCCCGGGCCGGCAUGGAGGGUUGGAGCUGGGAUGAGGUGCUGCCGCUCUACAAGCGCAUCGAGGACGCCAACGUGCGGGACUUCGAUGGGAACGGUGCCCACGGCAAGGGUGGCCCACUGUCGGUGGAGGACUGCCCGUACCGGACGCAGGUGGCCGAAGCGUUUGUGGCCGGCGCCCAGGAAGCCGGCUACAGCUAUUUGGACUACAACGCGGGGGACACGGCGGGGGUUUCGUUCUUGCAGGCUCACACCAAACGCGGGCGUCGCAUUACCGGAGGGACCGCCUACUUGAAGAAUGUCCGGCACCGUCCCAAUCUGCACAUCUCAACCCGCUCGUGGGUGGUGCGGGUCCUCUUCGACGAAGCAAAGCGCGAGGCCGUUGGAGUGAAGUUUACCCGAAACAAGCGCUACCGAACGGCCAGGGCUCGGCGGGAGGUGAUUCUGUCGGCGGGUGGAUUUGAAACGCCCAAACUGCUGAUGAACUCGGGCGUUGGACCGAGGGGCCACCUGGCGGAGCAUGGGAUUCCGGUGCUGGUGGACCUGCCGGUCGGUCGGAGGAUCUACGAGCACGGUGGCGUGUUCGGUCCGAUCUUCAUCGUCCACAAUGGGUCCGCCGAGGAGCGUGGUCUGGUCAGCCUGGAGAAUGUGAUCAAUCUGGAGGAGAUCCUGCGCUUCCGGCGGGGCAGCGGACCACUGACCUCGAACUCGAUCGAGAGCCUACUGUACGUGAAGUCACCGGUCGCGGCCGAUCCGGAUCCGGAAAUGCCCGACGUCGAGGUGAUGCAGUCGUUCACUUCGUUCAGUUUCGAUUCGUCGCUGGCGACCCGCGGCGCUUACCAUCUGCCCGAUGAGUUGGUCCGCCGGUACUACGGACCGCUGGAGGGUACGCGCAACUUUAUGUUUCUGCCGAUGCUACUCAAAACGCACACCGUCGGUCGGCUGGAGCUCAAGUCGCGCAACCCGUUCCACCAUCCGAUCUUCCGGUAUCAGUACUUUGAGGAUGAGCGCGACGUGGAGUCGUUGGUGUACGCGAUCCAGGAGGUGUUACGGAUUGCGCAGACCGGACCGUUGCAGCGGCUGGGCAUCGAGCAGUACCGGCGGCCGGUGCCGGGUUGCGAGCAGCAGGAGUUCAACACGGCUGACUAUUGGCGCUGUCACGUGCGUACUUUGACGGCCACGUUCGAGCAUCAGGUGGCAACGUGCCGUAUGGGACCGGACAAUGAUCCGGAUGCGGUGGUUGAUCCACGGUUGCGGGUACGAGGCAUCGGCCGGUUAAGGGUGGCCGACGUGAGCAUUAUCCCUGAGCCUCCGUCGGGGCACACCUGUGCCAUGAGCUACCUGAUCGGCGAGAAGGCGGCCGAUAUGAUCAAGCAAGACAACGAAGGCCACUAG